AUGAACCGUCACCCUCCGUCUGGCUACGGCGAUGAGCCGCCAGCCUACGACCACGAGGCUACCUCGUUCCUUUCUCACGACGAUUCCCCGACCAAUACUGCCAGACCUAACGGUGCCACCAUGCGUCUGUUGCCUACCAGUGGUGACAUUGAUGCCGAUAUGAAUGACUCUCGAAGCUACAGAGCGCCGUCGCCUUCGCAGUAUUCUUACCAGCCUGAAUACGCUGAUUCUACUCCGACGGGAGCUGCUUCAAGCUAUGACAAUCGUUACUACCAGGUCCCCUCGGCUACUUCACCUUCGCGUCCUCCCUCCAGCUUGGGAACUGCGCCUACAAUUCCGCCGCCUACUGCCAGUCUGGCCGACCCUUCUGUGUAUCCGUCUAUUCCCCCUCGCACCGGCUCUCCCACCCGUCCAUGGAGCCCUGGUCAUGUUCGUCCUCCUUCCGUUUCGAGUGUUGGCUAUGAGCGCGCCGAUAUCAACGGAAGCCCUCGCCCCGGUACUCCCAGUUCCCGAUAUGGCGGUAGUCCUCGACGCCCAUUGCCACCCGCACCUCUCUUCUCUGGUCCCGCUGCCUCAACUGGCCCAGACACCAGCAUUGACAUCGGUGAUGGUGUUGCUGGCGAAGAUCCCUUCGGUGGUGGCGGCCGUACCAUUCACCACAACUCGCGCGGCAGUGUCCGAUCCUUCAUGAGCGAGUCUACUAUUCUGGGUGACGAAAAGGAUGCCAUGUCCAAGGUCGACCUCGAGGAAGAGGUCGAGGAUGAGGACGACGGCAUGAUCGACCCUAAUCUCCACUAUGGACCGGCUCCCGAAAAGCAGGGUCGCCGCGGCGUGCGCUCGACUCAGAUGGUCAAAAAAGAAGUCCAACUCAUUAACGGUGAGCUGAUCCUAGAGUGCAAGAUUCCGACCAUCCUGCACAGUUUCCUGCCUCGUCGUGACGACCGCGAGUUCACCCACAUGCGAUACACGGCUGUUACUUCUGACCCCGAUGACUUUACGAACCGUGGCUACAAACUCCGUCAACAGAUCGGUAGCACAACCCGCGAGACGGAGCUGUUCAUCUGCGUGACCAUGUACAACGAAGAUGAGAUCGGUUUCACCCGCACUAUGCACGGUAUCAUGCGCAACAUCAGUCACUUCUGCUCUCGUACCAAGUCCCGCACCUGGGGUAAGGACGGUUGGAAGAAGAUUGUGGUCUGUAUCGUGUCGGAUGGUCGCAAGAAAGUACAUCCGCGCACUCUGAAUGCUCUGGCGGCUCUUGGUGUCUACCAGGAAGGUAUUGCGAAGAACAUCGUCAAUCAGAAGCCUGUCACGGCCCACGUCUACGAGUACACCACUCAGGUGUCUCUGGAUUCCGAUCUCAAGUUCAAGGGAGCUGAGAAGGGAAUUGUUCCGUGCCAGGUCAUUUUCUGUUUGAAGGAGCACAACCAGAAGAAACUCAACUCACACCGUUGGUUCUUCAACGCUUUCGGUCGCGCCCUACAGCCUAACAUCUGUGUUCUUCUGGAUGUGGGUACCAAGCCCCAGCCAAAUGCGCUGUACCAUCUCUGGAAGGCCUUCGAUCAGGACUCCAAUGUCGCCGGCGCUGCCGGUGAAAUCAAGGCCGGUAAGGGCAAGGGUAUGCUGGGAUUGUUCAACCCGCUCGUCGCCAGUCAGAAUUUCGAGUACAAAAUGUCCAACAUUCUCGACAAGCCUCUCGAGUCGGUCUUUGGUUACAUUACUGUGCUUCCUGGUGCACUGAGUGCCUACAGAUUCUUUGCUCUGCAAAACGACGCCGACGGACACGGUCCUCUCAACCAGUACUUCAAGGGUGAAACACUGCACGGUCAAGACGCUGAUGUUUUCACGGCCAACAUGUACCUCGCCGAGGAUCGUAUUCUCUGCUGGGAGUUGGUUGCCAAGCGUGAAGAGAGAUGGGUUCUGAAGUUCGUCAAGAGUGCUGUUGGCGAAACUGAUGUUCCGGAUUCGGUGCCCGAGUUUAUCUCGCAACGACGUCGUUGGUUGAACGGUGCUUUCUUCGCCGCUGUUUACUCCAUUUUCAACGCCAAGCAGAUUUGGAAGACGGAUCAUACCCUUGCGCGGAAGAUUUUGCUGCACAUCGAGUUUGUGUAUCAGACUCUCAACCUGAUUUUCACUUACUUCGGACUAGCCAACUUCUACCUCGCGUUCUACUUCAUUGCCGGCUCGCUUACUGACGAAAAACUUGAUCCAUUCGGUCACAACAUGGGCAAGUACAUCUUCAUCGUUCUUCGAUAUGCCUGUGUCUUGGUCAUGUGUCUCCAAUUCAUUAUUUCGCUUGGCAAUCGACCUCAAGGCGCGAAAAACAUGUACCUCACAGGCAUCGUCACUUACAGUGUCAUUAUGUUCUACACCAUUUUCUGCACCUUGUACCUGGUUGUCAUGGAGCUCAUGUCCCGGGCUGGACACGGCAGCUCCGAUUUUAAAGUGUCCGAUACUCUCAUGAUGAACAUCGUUUUGUCCAUGCUGUCCACUGUCGGCCUCUACUUUUACACUUCGUUUCUUUAUCUCGACCCAUGGCACAUGUUUACCUCGUCGAUCCAGUACUUCCUUCUGAUGCCUAGCUACAUCUGCACGCUCCAGGUCUACGCCUUCUGCAACACCCACGAUGUGACCUGGGGUACCAAGGGAGACAAUGUGAUCAACACGGAUCUGGGUACUGCGAAGGUCAUCAACGGCUCCACGGUGGUUAUGGAAAUGCCCUCUGAACAACUCGACAUCGACAGCGGCUACGACGCAGCCCUCCGCAACCUCCGCGACCGCCUCGAAGUCCCCGAGCCGCCCAUGUCCGAGUCGCAGAUGCAGGAGGAUUACUACCGCGCAGUCCGUACCUACAUGGUUUCCAUCUGGAUGGUCGCCAACGUCAUCCUCGCCAUGGCCGUUUCGGAGGUCUACGGCGUCGACAGCGGCGGUACCAACGUCUACCUCGCUGUCAUUCUUUGGGCCGUCGCCAUUCUGGCCGCUAUCCGUGCCGUCGGUUCUACUGCUUACGCUUUGCUGCACCUGAUCCACAAGAUCGUCGAAGGAAAGACCAAGUUCGAUGCGGGUAACAUUACCAACUUCGCCCCGUCUUCCUUUGGUCGUUCGAGUGUUUCGGGCGGUGGUUCGGAGAGUGGUUCGUCGCGUCCGAAUCCCAUUCGGUACAAUGGUGGACCUAGCUUUAAGGACCGCAUUAACGAGGCGCGCUGGUCCGUUAGUCGUUCUGCUGGUAAAAUGAUGUUCUGGCGCAAGUAG